GUGGUUUACCGUAUUGGUUGCUUCGCGAAGUACCGAAUAUAAAGUUACGUACAAAAGAUACAGAUUUCAUGAGAUAUGUAUCAUCGUAUCUAAAUCAGGUGCUGGAAAAAGUAAAGACACUUUUAAGAGGUAAUGGAGGACCGAUAAUUAUGGUUCAGGUGGAAAACGAAUAUGGAUUUUACAAUGCUUGUGACACUGAGUACUUGGACAUGUUGAAAGAAGUUUUUAUUAGGAAAAUUAGGGAUAAAGCUCUUUUGUACACAACCGACGGUGGAAACGUGUCUUUUAUUCCCUGCGGACACAUACCUGGAGUAUAUACCACCGUUGAUUUUGGAACGUUUGUAAACGUGACUGACAGUUUUCAAGCCAUGCGCUUUUAUCAGCCAAAAGGGCCGUUGGUGAAUUCUGAAUUCUAUUCGGGUUGGCUAACACAUUGGGGAGAAUCCUUCCAAAGGGUAAAAACAAGAGCUGUUACAAAAAUGUUGAGAGAAAUGCUUGCUUUAGGUGCUUCCGUUAACAUUUAUAUGUUCUACGGGGGUACAAACUUUGGUUUCACUUCUG